CAACUUAUUGUAACUAUUUUAAUGAAAUAGUGAAGUUGUGAACGCCAUAUUUGUUUGUGACUAAUUGACUAAAGUAUUUUUAAGUUAUAGCAUUGUAAAGAUAUUAUAACAAAACAGCAAAUAUGGAAAAUCAGGGCGGAACUUCGGGUCCUAGAGUAAGCGAUAAACGCUUAGCACAAACUCAGGCAAAAGUAGAUGAAGUAGUUGGAAUUAUGCGUGUCAAUGUUGAGAAAGUAUUGGAAAGGGAUCAAAAGCUGUCCGAGUUGGAUAAUCGUGCUGAUGCCCUACAGCAUGGAGCAGCACAAUUUGAACAACAGGCUGGUAAGCUUAAAAGGAAAUACUGGUGGCAAAACUUGAAAAUGAUGUUGAUAAUUGGUGCUAUUGGUGUUGUUCUGCUUAUCAUUAUAAUUGUGUGGGCUACUUCCGGUCAUUCUUCGAGCUCAGCGCCGCCUGCAGUACAACCCACACCACAACCAGGAACAUAAAUUUUAAAGCGAUUUGAUUAAUUUGCUACACCUGUUCUACAACUACCUAACUAGUAUGAUUCAUACAAAAACAAUGCUUGACUAACUACAAAGACAAAAGUCAAAAUAUUUUGUAAUUAUAUUACCUUCAGAUUUUUAAAAGAUGUUGGAUAUUUCAUAUUUACUUGUAUUACAGUUUUUAAAAGAUUUUUAAUCUACAAAAUCCUAUAUUGUUAAUAAAUUUACAAAUUAACCAGUGCUAUUUAUAUCUUUGAGUAAAUGUUGAAUGUUGUAUUUUUGUAUGUAUACAAAUUGAUCUAACAAGCUAUUAGUAAAUUUAUAUAUGUAUUAUGCCAACUGAAAAUGUACACAAACAAGACUAAAAUUAGAUAUCUAUGCAUAAAUUAUCUAAGAUGAUUUUCAGAGCUUAAAUAUGAGCCUGAUAUAAUAAGGAACUGAUUGUAACUAUUUAAUAUUAUAUAAUUGGAGGUAAUGGUAAAGGUGUUUCAUAAUUACCUAUAAAACUAGUUAUUUUUGUUGUAUAGUUAUAAAUGUCAUUAAAUGAUCAAUUUGACUAUUGUCUACUCUUGAAAUUCCAUUUGUUAAGCACAAUGUAUAAACUGCAGCAGCACAAAUUUAGUUAUUAAACAUUUAGUUGUAACAUGAUAUUCUUAACAUAUUUUUGUCCGUAUAUUGUAAGGGGAUCUUGUUCAUUUAUUUUAUUUGCAUUUCUAUUAGAUUUUUAUACAGCCAAUGGGACCAAAAAUUCUGUUUGCAACAUAAAAUGUCUAAGGUCCUUCAAUAUUAUCACCAUCGUUAAAAGUGUAAGUUAAUGUUGUAUAUUAAAUUUAUAUUACUUAUCUUUAUCUAGUUGUUUUAUAUAAUAUAAAUGAAAAAUAAAUGUAUUUAUUCUACAGUUCUAUAAUUUAAGUUACAAAUUCUUAUCAGAAUUUUCUAGAUCUUUAUAUUUUAUCAAUAUUUAAAGUCAAGAUAAUGGUGAGUGAGUAGUGCAUACAUGAAUAAGAUAAUUUAAUUUGAAAUUUCAUACAAAUAUAUAAAUUACUAUACACUAUCACAUGUCUAGAUUAGUACCUGCAGGUACUUCAAUAUUAUACUGCAGUAUUCAAAAUAUUAAAGCUAAACAACAUUUUGUACAUGGUAUAGUUUUAUCAUAUCAGGUUGAGAGUUAUUUGAAAUAAAUAUUUGACCAGUCUUUAAGACAUUACUUUGGAAAGUGGUUAAAUAAUAGUUUAUUCAAUAACUAAUAGUCAACCAUGAGAUCUGCCUAACAAGUUAGACUCUAGACGAAAGAGAAGUAUCUCUUGUACUAGUAAAUGAUAGUAUGCCAUAAUUAAACUGAGAGUACUUGGACAUGCAAAUAUUGUUUCAUAAUUAUUAAAAUACUUUGUUAUUUCUGAAUAAUUAUUUUUCAAUUGAUGUUUGCUGACAGUUUUGCUGUAGUAAUAAAGUGAGCAAGUUAAUUUAUGUUGUUAACUUGUUUAUUGUUGCUUUGA